AUGUCUGUAAACGGCGCAAGCACCAGCAAGGCUCCUGCCGUCGGUCGUGAUGUACAUCAACCUCUGGUCGAUGUCCAGCCAUUUCGUAUGACCGAUCUGCAGCCUAAAUACGCCCACCGUAUCAACCAUGAUGAUGACAACCCAGAUGCCCAUGGCUGGUACGCCGGGUUAAUCCACAGUCUGGGUGAAUGUAUCGGGUUUUUCGGAGCCAUCCCCUGCUGUAUCUGCUGCCCCAACCCCUUCAAGCCCGUCGACCAAGGUGCAGUCGGUCUGAUCUCGCGAUUUGGACGCUUCGAGCGAUCGGUCGAUCCUGGUCUGGUGAAGAUCAACCCGCUCAGCGAACACAUCACCACCGUCGAUGUCAAGAUCCAGAUCGUUGAGGUGCCCCGUCAGAUCUGUAUGACCAAGGACAACGUCACCCUCAACUUGACCUCCGUCAUCUACUACCAAGUGGUCUCUCCCCACAAGACCGCCUUCGGUAUCUCGAACGUGAAGCAAGCCCUGGUCGAGCGCACCCAAACCACCCUACGCCACGUGAUCGGUGCACGUGUGCUGCAAGAUGUGAUUGAGCGUCGCGAGGAGAUCGCCCAGUCAACCUCGGAGAUCAUCGAGGAGGUAGCCGCCGGGUGGGGAGUGAAGGUCGAGUCCAUGUUGAUCAAGGACAUAAUCUUCAGUGAAGACCUGCAAGACUCGCUCUCCAUGGCAGCACAGUCCAAGCGUAUUGGUGAAAGCAAGGUCAUUGCCGCGCGCGCCGAGGUCGAGUCCGCCAAGUUGAUGCGUCAGGCUGCCGAUAUCCUGUCCUCUGCUCCAGCGAUGCAGAUCCGCUACCUGGAAGCAAUGCAGGCCAUGGCCAAGACUGCCAACAGCAAGGUCAUCUUUAUGCCAGGAGUGAAUGGUCCGAACGCGCAGACGCAGCUUAAUUCUGCCGAGAACUUCGGUGAAGGCCCCAGCAAGUACGGUACUAUGUCUCAGGGCGAUACCGGACUUCAACAGGCAGUGAACGCCCGCGUUGUUGAAGACAUCUAG